GAAAUGAAGAACCACACAAGGCAGAUAGAGUUUAUCCUGCUGGGACUGACAAAUGAUUCACAGUUACAGAUUAUAAUUUUCUUGUUUCUGUUUCUAAAUUACAUGUUAGGGUUGAUGGGGAACUUAACCAUCAUUGCACUGACUCUGCUGGAGUCCAAUCUCAAGAUGCCAAUGUAUUUCUUCCUCCGUAAUUUCUCUUUCCUGGAAAUUUUGUUCACAAGUGUUUGCAUUCCUAGAUUCUUGAUCACCAUUGCAACUAAGGAAAAGAGCAUUUCCUAUAAUGGUUGUAUAGCUCAGUUGUUUUUCUACAUUUCCUUGGGGGUCACAGAGUUUCUCCUUCUGGCUGCUAUGUCUUACGACCGCUAUGUUGCCAUCUGCAAACCUUUGCAUUACUCGUCCAUCAUGAACAGAAAGGUCUGCCAUCAACUUGUACUCAGUUCUUGGGUAGCUGGAUUCCUGCUCAUUUUCCCGCCGUUGACUCUGGGUCUGAAUCUGGAUUUCUGUGCCUCCAAUAUCAUCGACCACUUCAUUUGUGAUGUUUCUCCUGUCCUGGAACUUUCUUGCUCAGACACACAUUUACUGGAACUGAUUGCUUUCUUGUUGGCUGCCGUGACACUGCUGGUCACAUUGUCAUUGGUCGUCCUUUCUUACUCCCACAUUAUCAGAACAAUUCUCAAACUCCCUUCAGCUCAGCAAAGGAAAAAGGCUUUUUCCACAUGCUCUUCUCACAUGACUGUUGUCUCCAUCACUUAUGGUAGUUGUAUAUUUAUCUACAUAAAGCCAACAGCAAAUGAAAGAGUUUCUUUAAGCAAGGGAGUAGCUGUGCUUAAUAUUUCAGUUGCCCCUAUGUUGAACCCAUUCAUUUAUACUCUGAGGAACCAGCAAGUUAAACAAGCUUUCAGAGCUGUAUUGAGAAAGAUAUUUUCUGCUUCAAACAAAUAA